AUGUUAGAAGACAAAAAUGUGGAAUCUUUAAAGCCUAAAACAGAUCAUGUAGCGGUUGGAAUUUUAAAAGGUAGUAGGACCUUAAGUAGUCAAAGUCAAAAUCAAACGGGGACCCACAUGAGAAAUGUUAAGGAUGUUUUCUUGUCUGCUUUUUCAUCUUCAAAUGGGGAAAAAAUACAUGAUGCUCCUUCUUCGCUUGUGAAUGUGUUGGGUGUUCCAAGAAUAGCGGUGGGAGGGACAAAACCGGAAUUUUUUGUUCCAAGAAUGAAAGAUGAUGUGAAAGAGAAUCAAAGUAUGUUUCUUAAUGAGGUAAAAAGGUGGGAUAAGGAUAGUAUUGUGUGGGGGCAUAAGAUGAAACGAAAAGCAGUUGUUUCUUGGGGGAGUUUGAGACAAAGGGGGAUUUUAGGGGUUGUUAAUGAGUCAAAGUCAAAGUAA